CUGGUUCCGCGUCAGUCUCUAGCCCGGCGCUGUGCGAAUACGUUCGUUUCACCUUUCUCCGCGCCAGUGUUCCACUCGAUCGUGUCGCGGUUAUCGCAUCGCUUAUCGUUUUCGUGCGCUCGCGCUCUUAAUCCGUUCUCGUGUGACCGUGUCGUCAUCAGCAGUGCACCGCUAACGAUUCGUUACCUCGUUGAACACCGCGGCAGUGCGUGUGUUUUUUCACGUUCGUUGUGAUUCCAUCCCUUCCCGGUGAAACGUAUUGUGCGUGGUGUGCGUCGAUACCGGGGAUUAUUGCUAUUAUGCUCGUCGUCGUCGGCACCGGCUUCCAUGGUGAAUUGAAACCGUAUAUCCGAUAAAUAUCGUUGCCGUUGCUAUCGCCAUGUCGUCCUCAUCAUCAUCACCUCAAAAGUCACAGCCAUGGGUGUUGAAAAAUUUGUUCAAUGACCCGGUUGUGCCUUGUAUUGGAGGAAGGGUAAAACUGACCGACGUCAACCCUCAUUUAGUAUGCGUCUUGUGUCACGGAUACUUCGUAGACGCUACUUCCAUCGUCGAAUGUCUUCAUUCUUUUUGUCGAAGUUGCAUAGUGUUGCAUUUGGAUAAAAACAAUUUUUGCCCGAUCUGUCGAGAAGAUAUUCAAAACAGCAAAGUUCUUAAGCCUGACAAAGCGUUACAAGAUAUUGUGUACAAAUUGGUCCCGGGUCUAUUUCAUUCGGAAAUGAAACGUAGACAAAAUUUCUAUAAAGAACACCCUCAUAGAGAUAUGCAUUUACAUCCCGAAUCUCGAGGUAUUAGCGUCGAUCGAAUCGUAUACACAGCUGACGAAUUGAUUAGUUUGUCAUUGGAGUUUUGUGAUAAAGAAUGUGAACAAGAAAUGUGGAAAAAUGUCACCGAUGACAAAGGCUUGCAAUACAAAGUGAAAGCCGAAAAGCCACCCAAGUGUAUUGUAAGAAAACGAUACUUGAAGUGUCCUGCUGCUGUUCGAAUGUCUCACCUCAAAAAAUUCGUUCGUCUUAAGUACAAUCUAAAACCUUCGGAUACGGUCGAAUUACUGUAUAGAAGAGAAAGCCUACCCGAGGAGUAUUCUAUAAUGGAUAUUGCGUAUAUUUACACGUGGAACCGAAACGAACCGAUGCGCUUUUUUUACAAAAUUAACGCUCGUGUUACGGUGCCUGUAAUGCCAGUGACGGAUAAAUGUUAUACCUCAUUAACAGACGAUGUACCUACCGAACACAGUGAUUCGCCGUUGUCGAUUACUAACGAAGAAAUUACUUCUUUGCCUUCUCAAAUCACGGGGACAACUAUUCCUUGUCACCUCGUCGAAGAAAGAGAAGAAGACACGAAAAGCACCACACCAGAACUGAAGUUAUCCGCCGCCGAGUCGGCGAUUGAAUGUGAAAAAUUGCUCAAAACAGAACUGGUCCAAAAAGAACCGGUGACAAAUAUCGAAAAAGCGGAAUCAAUCAGUGAAAACCGUGAAUCGUCCACCGCGCCAACGUCAGUUGAGUCCACUGUACUCCUUAACCCUCCAAUAUCACCAGAAGGUACUUCGAGGAAGGAAAACGUUUCGGAUAACGUCCGGAACAAUUGCGCUAACGAGUCGGCAAAAUCUACCGUUGCUGCGGUAGCAGUAAUGGACGAUAAAAAAUCCGUUGAUCCCAUCAUUCAACGGCAGACCGGUAUCACCUCUGAUGUUCCAAUGAAGAAACUGGAAAAACUAGUGGAUCAGCAACAACAAACUCCUCCGAUCACUCCUGUUGUCAGUACAUCUAUUCCAUCGCGAUCCGCUCUACCAAUAUCGAAGAAACCCACCGGUGUUGGUGAAUCGAAGCUCAACCUAUCCAUCACGAAACUAAUCAUGAAAAAUCAGAACGCCUCCGCAGCUGCUAAAUUUGUGCCCACUCUGCAGCAGAUGCAACAAAUUGGUAUGCAUACGUCUAUCCCUAGCUUUUUACAACAGCAACAAACUCCUCCGACGACACAGUCGUCAAAUUACAACCGACCCGGCUUUGCCGGUGGUAUGCAUCAGCUCAAACGAACCCCGGAUGCAUUGCCUAUCCGAAGUCAAGCACCAACCAAUCGUCCUCCAUUUAUACCGGUACGCAAAUCGUACGAGUGGAAUAAGGCCAGAAACUUGGCAGCUAAGCCCUGCGCAUCACCGGGGACAAUCAUCAAUAAAGACAUUAAUAAACCGAACGACAAACCAGUGGCAAUGAUGGAAAAGUCCACAAAGAAGACAACCGUGGAUAACAAACCUAUGACAAAUGCCGCCGGUACAUGUCUGUCGUCGAAAAACUCCGACGAAAUGAACGCCGCGCAAAGUCUGUUAAAAGUGGGUCAAGACAUACGGUUCUCGAAGCCACCGAUAAUGACCGAUUUACACGGAAAGUACAAUUGUGAAUCAUCGUUACAGAUCACCAAAGUCACCGAGCCCGUGACUAAUCAGUCGCCGGUGGUACACGAAAAACACCCUAACUCGCAACCUAGCUUACAGAUAAUGCGAGUGGCGCCGGCGGCGGACAAGACAUCAAUGAAAUCAGCAGCCGUUAACGAGGCCGGUAGCAACGGUAACACCACCGCUGCCGUCAAACCUGUUAAUAAAAAACCCGUACCAAAUCUGUACAGUAUGCCGACGAAAAGGACGAAAGACGAUUAUCAUAACCAUAACGGAGUUAUUGCGGACAAUAAACGUAUAGAGAGACGCGUGGACACGGAAAAUGGCGUGCUAAGCGUGUCGCUGCUGACUGAAACGUCCAAACAGGACAUGGAUGCUAAGCGCAGAGAGGUCGUGCAACCGGACGUAUCUAUCAAGCUGAUGACGUUCGCGACGGAAUCGUCGAAAAAGACACCGGAACUGAGUCCUAUCGGUGGCAUCAAUGGAUUUAACAAGAGGAAACCAGACGAAUCGAAUGCUGUCGGGGUUAGUAAUGCUUGUACUGUGAACAACCAAAGUAGCAACAAAAGAAGACUACUGCAGAACGAACUGAAUUCUAUAAGUAGUAGUGGUAGCAUCAAUACGAAAAAGUCGGACGAGCCGAAUCCUGUGAAAAGGAGGAAACAGGAAGAACCAGAGCGGAAGGUGACGCCACCGAAACCGGUGUCGAUCAAGGACGACGUGCCGCAGUUGAUAGAAAUAAAUUCGUCACCGUACUCAAAACUUUUGCCCGCGAAGAAACAGCAAAUUUUGCCGAAAACUCAAGCACAUCCAAAACAACAGCAAUCCGCUGCUGUCUCUCCGAAACCGUUACAGCAAACUACACACAACUCGAAACAGCAGCAAUCCUCUGCAACCCCGAAACAACAAUUGGUAACUCUGAAACAGCAACACGUGGCGAAACUUCAACCGACCACUGGCACCAAAGUCCUAGACUUAUCCAAAUCGCCUCCCAACACGAAUGGCAUUGUAAAACGAAUCGGUGAUUCUUCGGAUAGCUGUUCUCCGCCAAAAAAGAAGACUACUAGUCCGGUGCAACCGACGACGAGUCCGGUGCAAUCGAUAAGUAGUCCGGUGAAACCAACAACUUCGCCGACGAUGUCCAAUGCUGCCACCGCGGCCGUCAUCAACUCGAACUUGUUGUUCGCAGCCCAAAGGCAAGCGGCCGCGUUUCUGUUGAAGCAGCAUUUCGACUCGUUAAACAACGAACUGCAAAUGCGCAACGGUGGCGGCGGCGGCGGUAGAACUCCAACCGAGUGGCCUCGAGCUAUGUUCAAUCCUGCGUUGUUCGCCAGGCCUCCCACCAACCUCAACAAUUGAAUGGUCUUAUUACUGUUAUUCUGUUCGUAGACGAUGUGUACAUACGUUUACAUAGUGUAUAUAUAUAUA